AUGUGUGACCAGACGUUCGUGGCCGUGACCUUUGGCCCUUGCGAGAGCUGCGACAAGGCCAGCCCUCUCAUGAACAUCUACAUCAAAACAGAGCCCAUCAACUACUGUGCCUUCUGCGUGGAGAAGAUGGCGUGUCAAGGGCUCCAGGCGGGGGAAAGUUUGGCCUCGCUCAAGAGGGAAAGUGCAAAUUUGAAGAAGAAGUUGGACGAAGAGAGGAACAAGCUCAACGACGUCGAGUUGAGCAAGGUGGCAGAGAAGGUGGAGGUGUUGUCAUCUCUGUCCAUCAAGACCAGACGUGUGCUCAAGGGUCACAACAACAAAGUGUUGUGCAUGGACUGGUGCAAAGACAAGCGGCGCAUGGUUAGCUCCUCCCAGGAUGGUAAAGUCAUUGUGUGGGAUGCAUUUACUCUCAAUAAGGAGCAUGCCUUGAGCCUACCAUGCACUUGGGUGAUGGCGUGUGCAUAUGCUCCUUCGGGUUGUGCAGUGGCGUGCGGAGGACUGGACAACAAAUGUUGUGUGUUCCCGCUCUCUCUGGACCCAAACGAGAACCCAGUGACCAAGAAGAAGGUGGUCGCCAUGCACACCAACUACGUUUCAGCAUGCACCUUCACCAAUUCGGACAUGCAGCUGCUGACUAGCAGUGGUGACGGAACCUGCGCUCUGUGGGACGUAGAGAGUGGACAGCUGCUGCAGAGCUUCCACGGUCACACCGCGGAUAUUUUGUCCCUUGACCUCGCCCCUUCAGAGACCGGCAACACUUUUGUCACUGGAGGCUGUGAUAAGAAGGCCAAUGUGUGGGACAUGCGCUCUGGUCAGAACAUACAGUCCUUUGAGGACCACCAGUCUGACAUCAACUGUGUCAAGUACUACCCUAGUGGAGAUGCUUUUGCGUCUGCGUCUGACGACGCCACGUGUCGCUUCUACGAUCUGCGCGCUGACCGCGAAGUGGCAGUCUACCAGAAAGACAGCAUCAUUUUUGGGGCAUCUAGUGUGGACUUCUCCCUUAGCGGUCGCCUGCUCUUUGCCGGCUACAACGAUUACACUAUAAACGUGUGGGACGUCCUGAAAGGAAAUCGCAUUUCUACAAUGUAUGGUCACGAGAACCGCGUCAGCAGAGUGCGAUUGUCACCUGACGGCACGGCCCUCUGCUCCGCCUCUUGGGAUACCACCUUGCGGGUGAGCCUGCAGGCACACACGUUUACCAUACAAUAA